AUGACAAAUUUAUUUAAUCAUAAAUACCCAAUACUUUUAUAUUAUUGGUUAAAACUAUGGAUACAUAAUCAUUUAUUUUCUAUGGUUGAUACCUAUGUAUUCCCCAUUCAUGAGGUCAUUGAAUCUAUUGGAUACUAUUCAAAUUCAUUGACUAUCAUCAUCACAUUUAACAAUGAAACAUCUUCCUCUGACAAUGAAUUGGAUUCUGAUAUAUCACCCAACAAUAAUAAUAAUAAUAAUAAUAAUAAUAAUAAUAGUAAUUGUGAAUAUACUGAAAUAUUGAUAAACCAAGACCAAAUCAACAACAACAACAAUAAUAAUAAUUGUAAUAAUAAUUCAUCAUGUAUUGCAACAUCUGAUAUUCUACUAUUCACCUAG